GAGUAGCAAAAUUGGAAUAGCUUUAUAUUAAUAAUAAAUGCAUUUUGCUUUUACUAUUUUGUUUUAUAUGAAUUAAUGUACAUUUAAUCGUGGUGGACAAUAUUCAUUGCAAAAUUGUAAGUCUUUCUCCCACCUUCCUCUCUCUCCCGCUUCCUCCUCGCCCUCUUUGUCAUACGCAUUCUCAUUGCCGCCUGUGUAAUAUGUGUACAUGAGUAGGUCCCGUGAGAUUAAUCGUUGAGUUAAAUUACUAGGAUACCAAUCAUACAAUCGAGAAGUAGUAUUAAGGGAAAUGUAAAAUGGCGCAAUGUGGCGAGAACAGCUGUUAUUUAUCAAAGAGAAAGAACAAAACUAAUUUGGUUUGAUGCAAAUGAUUUUGUGUAAUCCUGGACAUAUGAAUUUUUGCAUAAAGAGAUUUUAAAGAGAAUAAUACUGAGUGCAAAAUAAAAAGGGAAAGUUCUAAAUAUAGUAAACAGUCGGCUAGAAUAGCAAAACGAUUUAUACAAUGAUGAUAAUGAUGGUAGAUAUAUGAUGUAGUGAAAGUGUUUGUGCAAGAAAUAUGGUUUUGAAAAAUUUUAUGUAAAAAUAUCCGUUUCAUUUGGUUUACUAUUUGUGAUUAAUAUUAGUAAUGAUCUUGGAUUAAAUUUUUGUAACCUGUUUAUCAAGAGGAACGAAAAAAUUAAAAUACAAUAGCCAAAGGAAGAAAGAGGAAGAAAGAGAAAGAUAACAGAAUAGCAAAUUAAAGUUGUGCUAAAAAAUCCAAGUUACAUACAUAUAUCUCUUAAAUGUCUAAAAGUAAGGAUAAAAUUGUCAAGGAAACAAGGAAAUUAUAUUCAUAAGCUUCGAUUUCAUUUCAAUGUUGGAUAUUUUGUUCUUAAAAUUUUCUAAAACUCAGAGGACUUAUUCCUAUACCUUUAUUCAACGGUUACUUAAUUAUAUUUUUGGGGUAUUGGACAAUUUUCUGUGAGUGAAAGAUGACCAAACAUCAUCCAGUACCACAGCAAGUCUCCAGUAAUAAUCGACGUUUUUACCACUACCUUUACGAGAUCUAUAUUAACAUCUUAUUGGAUAGGAAUCACCAUGAAUGCCAGAACUCAGUUAUUUGAAUUAAGUAUGGAGGGCAGGCAAGUGGAUGAGGCAGUAGCAAGUAUCUUCCAUAGCGUUCUUUUCCAUCGAAGUCUUGGUAAAUUUAAGUAUAAACAAGAAGGUAGUUAUUCAGUAGGUACUGUGGGAUACCAAGAUGUCGAUUGUGACUUUAUCGAUUUCACUUAUGUCUGUUGUUCAUCGAUACAUCUGGAUCAAACUUUGAAACGUGAAAUAUCAGGUUUUUCUGAAGCUUUACGUUCCACCGAUAGUCCAGGUUCUGGCCAAAUAUCCUUGGAAUUCUUUCAGAAGAAAAAAAAUCGUUGGCCCUUUCAACCUGAAUGCAUACCAUGGGAAGUAUGGACAGUACGUUUGGAACUUAUCAAAUUAGCAACAGAACAUGAACGACAGAUAUGCAGAGAAAAGGUUGGAGAUCUAUUAACGGAUAAGAUUCUUUAUAUAACAGAAGUAAUGAAUCGACAUGAUUAUUUACCUAAAAUGCCAAAUCAAGCUGAACUGGAUUUGAUCUUUGACACAUCGUACCCUGAUAUACAACCUUAUCUGUUUAAAUUAUCAUUUACAACCUCUAGCCCAUCGAGUACAACAAUGGGUAAUACAAUGAAAAAAUUGAUUAAGGAAACAUUAUCCAUUUAG